UCCACUGGGUUGUAUUUACAUCUCUAGCGGCAGAAAAGCAGACAAAUUUUUUCACAAAAACUUAUAAAUGCAAAAUAGGAAGUACUGUGAGAUUUGUGUGCAAUGGAAGCGAGUCUAGAGGAGAGCAUGGACAGCGAUCACGCUAGUUCACCAAUCAGUAAGCCGGAGGCGAGGGAAUCCCCACCAGGAGCAGGCCUCAACGGAAACGGCAAUGUUAGUGGUGGUGGCAGCCAGGAGACCCCGAAUAAUGGCGUUGCUAUAGCCAUGGAAAAACCAAGCGAGGCCCAGUGGACCAAGCCCUUCAAUGCAUUCAGUGGGCGACCCAUUGGGGAGCACACAGCCCAGCAGCAGGCACUGCAGCUGCAGCAGCAACAGCAGCCACCGCCGCUACAGCAACAACCUCCUCCUGCGGCAAACGGAGUGACGGGACCCCCAGAAAUUUGGGUGGAAACCAAGGCGGAUGACGGGCGGUCCUAUUAUUACCAUGCGGUAACCAGGGAAACCACCUGGACCCGACCCGAUGGACCCACUGUCAAGAUAAUGACCCAGGCUGAGGUGGAGGAGAUGGCCAAACGACCCCCACACGCCGCCAAGGCGGAGGCCAAGGCCGCCGAGACGCCAGGCGAGGUUCCAGCGGUGUCAUCGCAUCUCACCUCGCAACCACCGCCUAACCUGAUGAGCCAACCACCUCCAAAUGCGGCAGCCCCGCUGCUUUCCCAGCCGCCUCCAAAUGUGCGCCAGCAGCCGCCGCCCAUGUUUCAGCCGCCUGGAAUGCAACCGCCUCCCGGAUUUGGACAGCCUCCGUUUUGUAUGCCGCCGCCGGCUUUCGGAUUUCCUGGGGGAGCAGCUCCAGGUGGAGCUCCUUGGGGAGUGGGCAUUUCGCCCUGGCAGCAACAGCAACACAUGCAUGGUGGCCAAGACAACAAGCCAGCCAAGUCGCUGAUUAUCAAGCCGGGCGUUAUCGAUCCAGCGGUUAUUGCUCGCGCAGCUGAGUGGUCAGAGCAUCGUGCUCCCGAUGGCAGACCGUACUACUUUCAUGCCGCUCGAGGUGAGAGUGUAUGGGAGAAGCCACAGGCACUGAGGGACAUGGAGGCCGCCAGAAUGGCUGCCCACUCAGGUGUGGCGCCCGCUGUGGCAACGGCUCCGUCCGGACUACCGCCCCACUUGCUGCCCAAUCCUAUGAUGCAUAUGCCACCGGGCUCAGCGCCGCCGGGAUUUGAUCCACAUGCCGCUUUUGCAGCGGCUGCUGCAGCAAUGAAAGCGAAUUCGGAGAACACCAAGGCGGCGCAGGCUGCUGCCCUCGAAAAGGAGGCUAAGAAGGCGGCCGAGGAGAAGCGGAAGAAGGAGGAGGAACAGAAAAAGGCGGCUGCCACCGCAAAGCAAACGGACAAGAGUCGACCUGUGACAAGUACACCCAUCGCUGGAACACCCUGGUGUGUCGUGUGGACAGGAGAUGCCCGCGUCUUCUUCUACAAUCCCUCGACGAGAACUUCGGUUUGGGAUCGACCCGAAGAUUUAAUGAAUCGCGAGGACGUUGACAAGGCGGUGAACGAACGUCCCGAGCAACUGAAGACCCCGCAGGAGAAGUCCGCUGAGGCUGAACAAAAAUCCAGCGAUGAGGCGGCACAGGAACAGGCUCAAGCGCAAGUUCAGACGCAGCAGCUGGAACAGGUGCAACGAGUGGAUCAAGAGGAUGACGACGACGACGAGAUUAUCAAGAUUCGAACUGAGUCUGAGUCCAGUGUGGAGGAGGUGCCUACCAAACGAGUACGAAUGAUUUCAAAGUCAAAGCGGGCCGAGGAUGCCGCUCUAGAGGCUGAGCAGCGGGCGGCUAAGGAACGGGCUUUGGUACCCUUGGAGAUGCGCGUCACCCAGUUCAAGGAGAUGCUCAGAGAGAAGGAUGUUUCAGCUUUCAGCACCUGGGAGAAGGAGCUUCACAAGAUCGUGUUCGAUCCGCGGUAUCUGCUGCUGACAUCGAAGGAACGCAAACAGGUAUUUGAAAAGUAUGUCAAGGAUCGGGCCGAGGAGGAGCGUAAGGAGAAGAGGAACAAGAUGCGCCAGAAGAGGGAGGAUUUCCGCAGCCUAAUGGAGGAAGCCCGGCUACAUGGCAAGUCCUCGUUUUCCGAGUUCAGCCAGAAGAACGCGAAGGAUGAGCGGUACCGGGCCAUUGAGAAGGUCCGCGAGCGGGAGAGUCUCUUCAACGAGUACAUUGUGGAGGUGCGGCGUCGCGAAAAGGAGGACAAGCUGUUGAAGAAAGAGCAGCCACUAGCUAGCAGGUUACAGCACAAAUGCACCACCCAAAACACCAAAAUACACAACAGCAACAGCGUCAAGAACCACCUGUACGACCACUUCAACAGCCAAUUCCGCCCGCCGUCCGUCAUCGCCCUCCACUGAUCUACUUCACCACGCACACGCUUGCAAUCUGUGUGGUGAGUUACUUGAAAAAUACAAAGCAAAAACAUUAAAAUUUGUUUUCCUGCAAUAAGAGACAAAUUUGGAAACAAAAACAAUUAAUAAAACAGUAAAAACAAAAAUAUCGAAAGGUUUUCCAAACUGAAAAUUACCUGAUAAUCGUUGGUGUGAUUUCCACUUCCCGCCCUACGCCCCACGUCGCCCCUCGGAUGUAAAUGCGAUGUGAUGAAGAGGAUGUUGCGAUGUUGUGAAUGGCAUUGGGAGAUCAUGAGUGAUGAAGUUAGGAGUUCGCGUUGGGCUCUCGGACGGAUGCCAACGAGCCGGAGACUGGCAGAGAGAGAUUGUUCCAGAGAUCCAGAGCGACAGCAAUUCGUGUGCAGGUGUCUGCGGCGCUGAGCAAACAGUAUGAAUAAUACUUAAUUUAAUUAACCCACUAUUUUCGUUUUGUUUACAAAUAAUGAACACACACAGCAGUUUGUCACCUGAAAGAGGCAAGCCCAAGGAACCGAACUCAGCCCAAAACAACCUGCGCAGACCAAAGAACCUCAGCUCCUUGCUCUGGCAGGUUCAGGCAGCGGCCCGAAGUCGCUGGAAGGCUCUCAGCCCCUAUCCUUACCAUGUACCAUAUAUUUACUGUAGAUGUAUCGACUAUUGUUCCCUUCGGCCUUGCCGAAGUCUCGCCUCCACCGCCUGCUGAUCAAGAGAGAAGAGGUGGGGUUAGGUGGUCCGUUUGCUGUAUUAAGCACGAACAUUCUUCAACUUUUGCUUCUGCUGCACCUGCAUUGUUUUUAAACGUGUUGUAUAUUUUAAUUUACCGAGCACCUACAUAUUGGCAUACCUAGCGCACUUUUAUUUUGCCUUUGAAGUCAAUUUCAACACAAAAAAUAAAAAAAAGAGCAUAAAGCUAGCGUCCUAAUUUGAAUGGUUUCUUGCCGUUUCUUCAGGCACAACCAAUAAACUUAAUCGUUUUACAUAAAAACUUGCUUUUUAAAAUAAAAUAACAAUACAUUUUUAAGCAGGCGUAAACAUUUUGUUAAAAUUUGUUUUAAUGUACUACAUUUUGAAUCUAAUUAUUUUUUUGAAGACUUUCAAGAGUGAUGGUCUUAAAUAAAAAGUUAUUUGUAUUGACUGGCAUUAUAGAGAAAUCUAUUUUAUUCUAUUAUUAUCACCCCUGAAGCUUUGUGAUUAUUCUUUAAUUUGACUUAAAUCUUUUUCUUUUAUUUAUUUGUCAUUGCCAAACGUGAUUCUGUGGUUCGAUUGAAGUCUGUCCCUGCCAAUUCUCUCUCAGCAAGCAAGACCCAAGCUAAUCAAAAGUUUUGUUUCAGUUAAGUCUCUGAUCGCUAAUUUAAACCCUUCUAUUGCAGGCACAAAACCGUGUAACUAUGUUCAGUAGCUUAAGAAACCGUAGUCCUAAGUUUUAGGUUAGACCAUUAAGUGAUAGAAUGUUAAGUGAAGGGCGCAUCAAUGCCAGACUUCUAAUUCGAUCCCUCUGUCGCAUUUCUCUUCUCUUCCGCAUGGCUGUCAUGUCAAUAUUCCUUUCACAUACACUCACAAACUCUAGAUCCGCAAGGACUUUUUGGAUAUG